AUGUCCGACGGCGGGAACGUGUCCGUGAGCGACAUCGACGGCGCCACGGUCAAGCUGCAGCUGGAGGGCGCGUGCGGCUCGUGCCCGAGCUCGACUAUGACCAUGAAGAUGGGGCUCGAGCGCCGCUUGAGAGAGAGGAUUCCGGAGAUCGAGGCCGUCGUCCAGGUCGAGCCGGACGGCAUCCCGCUGUCGGAAGAGGGCAUUGAGGGCACGCUGGAUGAAGUGAGACCGUUUUUGAACGUCGCGGGGGGCACUAUUGAGCUGAUCGAGCUGCUCAAGGAUAGCGCCGUGCCGACUGCGAGACUGAGGAUGACGGGGUCGGGCGCGGCCAUUAAUUCGGUCAAGGUCGAGAUUACUCAUCGGUUAAAGCGAAAUUGGGUCAAGUUGGCUAACGUCGUGUUUGAGACUUGAGGUUGCGUUUAUGUCCAAUUUUGUCCCUUGUGUUCAGAUGGAUGGUUGAAGGGUGGCGUUUGUCUUGGUCGUGUUGCUGACUAGUAAGGUCUUCGGUUGUUUAUCGCUUAUUCAUAUGUCCGUUUCGGAUAGAUUACUGUAAAAGAAAACUUUUUACUUGUU